AUGGACGCUCUGUGUUGUUCGAGCAAAGCAAUGAGUUCUGUGCUGAGACCGAUGGUAGCAUCUCCAGCUAAGUUAGCUCCCCAAGGAACCGGCUCACUACAGAACGGGGGGGGUGGGGUGUUUGGGGUUGGUGGUGGUUGUGGUGGGUUGGGGGAUGGGGGGGGGGGGGGGGGUUUGGGGUGGGGGGUGGGUGGUUGGGGUGGGGGUGGUUUGGGGGGUGGGGGUGGGGGUGGGGGGGGGGAGGGGGGUGGGGGUCGGGUGGGGGGGGUGGGGGGGGUUUGUGGGGGGGGGUGGGGGGGUGGGUGCGGGGGGGGGGUGUGGGGUGUGGGGGUGGGGGGGGGGGAGUGGGGGGGUGUGGGGUUCUGA